UCCUCGCCUCCGUUAUCUCGCCGGCCUUAACAGCCCGCGCGGCCGAUCAAGUAUUUUCUGGGCAAGUGCUACAAGGGUGCGAACGAACUGCUCGCGGUGAUGGCAACGGUGCACGAGCCGUUAGUGGUAAUCACGGAGUCCUCCAGCGACAACAAUGAAGUCUUCGAGGAGCGGGCAGCGGACACGGGCCGCGCCAUGGCGCCGCCGCUGACGGCCGCCGGCGAGGCGGCGCUGCAGGCGUUCCAGCGGCGCAAGCUCAGCUUCCCGCUGCAGUCGGCGCAUGCGCACCACAGCCACGCCGCGCUGCUCGCCGACCGCUCCGGCACCGCCGCCGCCUCUGCCGCCGGCGGCGGGGAGCUGUCGUCGCUGGCGCGGCGGCGCUUCAGCAACGUGAGCGACGUGGUGUCGCGCAAGCUGUCGCACACCAUCGGCUGGCUCAACGCGCCCGCCUGCGACAUCGUGGAGCAGGGCCGCGCCCUCUGCGCGCACUACAUCCGCGCCCGCCUGCGCCGCUCCGGGCUCUCCACGCGCAGGUGCGGGCUGCAGCGGCUGCGCGGCUCGCCGGCGGCGGUGCGCGACGUGUUCCCCGAGCUGGCGAGCGUGGGCCGCGAGCUGGAGCGGCUGCACCCCAAGCUGUUCAGCGCGGUGGCGCGCCAGGCCAGCCCCUCGCCCGGCGGCGUGCUCGCCGGAGACAAGUCCGCCGGACUCAUCCUCACCGCCGUCGCCCGCGAGCUCUUCAAGAACGCCGACCAGGUGACGUGGGCCAAGGUGGUGUCGCUGUUCGCCGUGGCGGGCGGGCUGGCGGUGGACUGCGUGCGCCAGAACCACGCCGACUACAUGCAGGGCCUCACCGAGGCCAUGGCCGACGUGCUCGAGGAGGAGCUCGCGCCCUGGAUCGCCAGCAACGGCGGAUGGCAAGGUUUGCUGAACCACUACAAGCCCAGAACCAACGAAGCUGCUGUAUCACGGUGUGUUAUACUUGUGGGAGCUGUAUCAGCAUUAAUAUUUCUACUUCUUUUCAUCAUACGUCUCUGCAGUUAGCAAUUUGAAGAAUUAAAUAUUCAGUAAUCUGCAGAGAAUUAAUGACCAGCUCUGUAAGACCAGUGCAUAGUGUGUACCUCAGGGCAGUCUGUUCAGUCUGUUACAUUGUUGUUGUUACUGAAUGAAAGGUAUUCCUUUUACUCAUGAUAGACACUAUAUAUUUGGAAAAAAGAACUGAUAAGUACAAAAUAAGAUUCAACAAGAGUGAUAAACUUGUAAUAUUGAAAGGUGUUACUUGGUAAUUUAUAGUGAUGUAUAUACAGACAGAUAUCUUCCUACAAUAAGAUAAUCACACAAUACUUAAAUGUUACCAACAAUAUCAACUACUGUGUGGUACAAAAAAUACUGUGGGAAAAAAGCACAAACUAUCAAACUGAACCAACAUAAUUUAUGUCAGACCUUUCAUGCACCCACUGAAAAAUUUUGUACACAUAUUUAAAUACUGAUACAAAAAAUCUGGAGUCUGUUGGAUAGUAUUGAAUGAGAAAAGAUCUGAUAAAGAUUUUUAUUUCUUGAUUCUGGUGCAUCACAUUUAUUGCCAUACUCCGAAAUGUUGACUUUCCACAGUGAUGAUUGUUGCCAUUUUAUUACUCAUGUGUAAGGACUCAAAACAAUUCCACCAAUUUUCUUAAGUUCUUUGUUUAGUAUUUAAGUGUUAUUAUAAAAAAAUCCAUUUGUCAACUGAAUUUAUUACCUUUGUUUUGUAACAGAAUCUUUAAUGUAAUGGAACUAAUUUUGUUUCUAUAAAAAUAAUCACCAAAAACCCUUCUUCCAUUAAUAUUUUAGCAAAAUAUUUGUUGAGUAUCGUAAAUAUUCAACAUUGUUAUUAAGAUUAUUACAAUAAAUAUACAUUUUCUUUUUGCUCCAUAAAUCAUUAUU